AUGAUAAUAGAAACUGAAGCUAGUCAUACCGAUAAAUCUAGCGUAGCGGAGGUACUAGCGGCUAAAUCUGGCAUAGCGGAGGUGCUAGAGGCUAAAUCUGGGGCAGUGAAGGUGCUAGCAGCCAAAUCUGGUGCACAAUUUACAAAAAUAUUAGAAAGUAUGCGCCGAAAAAGUGAACGAAGUGCGACUAAGAAAAAAGCAUCGCCGGAGAAAAAGGUUGAAAAACUUAAACGUACAAGAUCUAGGCGUAGAAAAUCAACAUCUUCUGAGAAUGAGUCAGGUGAAGAGUCUAAAGUAAAACAGGAAGCUGAAGUCACUAAUGUGGUAGAACAAAAUGUGGAGCAAACAGCCAAAACAGACAGCCCGGAAGAAUCACAAGAACAAGUGUGGCAAGUUAAAGCUGCAGACGGUUCUGGUGAUAGUGGCGAGUUACAGAAAAUAAAGAUUUGCUUAACAAGGCCACCGUCAACUCCUGAAAGGGUAGAUAAAUCUCCUCGAAGUAGGAGAAAACAUUCACGUACCACGAGUUUUAGUGAUUCUCAGACUGGUGAAGGGCCGGAAGAGAAAAAAAAGUCUCGACUUCGCUCAAAACAUUCAACAAGUGUAUCAAGUGAAAACUCUGACAAAACAGAUAUUCAUCUUGACGAGCCGCAAAAAGAAUGCACAUCGGAAAAAAAUCUGGACACAGAAAUUCAAGAGCCCACCGAUGUAGUGUCGCAGUCUCAAUCAAAUGAGGAAAACACAAUGAAUGAAAAAAGAGAAAUUCAAGAGCCUACCGAUGUAAUGUCACAGUCUCAAUUAAAUGAGGAAAAAACAAUGAAUGAAAGAAGUGACAUUAAAGAUUCUCGUGAUGUAAUGCCGCAGUCUCAAUCAAAUGAGAGAAGAACAAUCAGUGACGAAAAUAUUUCAGCUUGUAUACAAUCAGAAACUGAAACAUCAACAUUGGAAGAAAUUAACAUACAGAAUAAAAUAGAUGUGGACGCCACAAAAGAAAGUGAGAAUGAUAAAUCGUGUGAGGAUAAGGACAAACAGAAUUAUACUGAUAAGGAAUCAGAAAAGAAGAGCCCAGAAAGAGAAAGAAGUAUGUCAAUUGACAAAUCUGAAGUUCUUGAAAUACAUGCUGAGGAAAGUAAAGGUGAAAUUUCUGAUCUCGGGAUUUCAGAGUCUCAAAAUGAAGUAAAUAAUGUUGAUCCAGAAUCACAUGAAGAAAUGAGUACAAAAGAAAGGGAAUUAGAUAAGGUAAGUAUAAAUGAGGAUAAAAGUGAUAAAAAUAUUCUUGAAAAUACAGAGUCUUCUCAGAAUGAGUUACAAGUGUCAACUAAUGAAACUGAUGUUGUAGCAAAAUGUGAAAUUCCUAUGAGUGAUAGUCCAAAAAACACGGCUGAUUCUACCUCAAGUACACACAAUGUAAAGUCGAUUGAUAGCCGAAAAAAACUUGGGAAUUCGGAGAGUACACAGUCUAGUAAUGAAGAUAAUGUACACAACGGUCAUAACAAUACAGUAAUAAACAGAAAACGCAGGUGGGGCUCGCGGACCAGCAAAUUAACUUCUCAGAAAUCAAUAACCAUUUCUACAGAUGUGCUCAAAGAAAUCAUACCAGAUGUGAAACUUGUUGAGUUUGAUGAAGUCAUUGAAGAAAAGAAACAGCAUAAAAGAGUUGAAGUGGUAGAAAAGGUUGAAAGGCCAAUACUGCCAAAAAUAAUUAUUGACAACACUGAGAAUGUAGAGCAAAAUAAAAGAGAACAAGAAGAUAAAGAUAAGGAAAACAUGAAACUCAAAGAACCUACAAGCUUAGCUUCAACCCGAAAAAUAUCUAUUGUAAAAGACUCGGACAAUAUUGCUAUUGUAAGACCGCCUAGCCCGCCGAGACAUAAACAGUCAAAUAUUUUGUACAUAACAAAUCUAGUGAGACCAUUUACUUUAUCACAAUUAAAAAAUUUGCUACAGAGGACUGGACGAAUUGUUGAAAAUGGUUUUUGGAUAGAUAGGAUUAAAUCAAAAUGUUAUGUCAUUUAUGAAACUGAAGAUCAAGCAGUAGAAACUAGGCAUGCUUUGCAUGGAGUGACCUGGCCGGUAUCAAAUCCUAAAACAUUACAUGUAGAUUUUUCUACACAAGAAGAAUUUGAUAAAGCUAAAGCAAAUGAAGAAACUGAUAAUGCCAAAGCUUCAACUAUGCCAGGAACAGUAGAAGAUUGGCUACGUGAGCAAGAUUUAAAAAGAGAAAGGGGAGAAUUGGAUAAACCAUGGGAACGUAAAACUAUGCGAGAGUGGGAUGUAGGUAAAAAUGACAAGGGUAAAGAACAAGAAAAAGAAAAAUUACGGAGAGAUGAUAGAUCUCUCGAAAAACGACGACAUCAUACACCAGAGAGAAGUCCUGAGCCAGCAAAAAAAUUCAAGAAGAAAGAAGAAGCUCCAGCAAAACUCUUAGAUGAUUUGUUUAGAAAAACUAAAACCACUCCCUGCAUCUAUUGGUUGCCACUGUCAGCUGAAACUAUUGCAAUAAAAGAAGAGCAGCGCCGUCAGCAUAUGGCCGAGCAUGAGAGACGUUUGCAGGAAUUACGACGCACGCAUCGCAGACAUUAG